GUUGAUUAACAUGGUAGAUUCAUAACUCCUCUUAUUUAUUAAUUAAAACAUUUGUAUCCUGCCCUAUAUCACUGGGAUCUCAGGGCGGCGUACAUUUAUCUGAAAGCAAAUGCAUGACCAAUGGGAGAAAUGCCAUGGGUUCUAGCUCCUUACUAUACUCAUACCCAGGUGUGUGUAUAAUUCCUCCUUGUGUUGAUAUCUAGGCAUUUCUGUUUUCAUUUCUAGUAACUAUAACCUUAUCUGUCCAGUACGUUGUGCAAAAUGGAUUCAAAAUCAUUGCAGCACAAUCGCCUUGUAUCGGAAGAAAUAUCUAGAAAGCCAGACCACAAAGAAGGACAAAAUGGAGAUGAGCAGCUAGUUGCAGAAAUCAUGGGGAGGUGUUUCUUUCCAUCACUGAUAACUAACCAAGCCUGGGAAGGAUUUCAUUUUGCUGGCCAAAAGAUAAAGAUUACAGAAGCCACCGAGAGUUACGGAGCUGUGGUCUGGCCUUCGGCUCUUGUUCUGUGCCACUUUUUGGAAACCAAUGUGAAAUCGUGUAACAUGGUUGACAAAACUGUCAUUGAAAUUGGAGCAGGAACAGGUCUGGUCUCUAUAGUAGCCAGCUUCCUUGGCGCGCGUGUGAUUGCCACCGACCUGCCUGAAUUACUCGGAAACCUUCAGUACAACCUUCGCAGAAACACAAAGAUGAGAUGCACACAUGAACCCCAGGUGAAAGAACUGUUUUGGGGGGUUGACCUGGAGAAGAACUUCCCCAGGUCUUUGUACCGGUUUGACUACAUCUUGGCUGCUGAUGUGGUCUACCACCACCCUUACCUGGAAGAGCUACUUCUCACCUUUGACCACUUGUGUACGGAAAACACUGUCAUUAUCUGGGCCAUGCGAUUCAGACUCGAGAAAGAAAACCAGUUUGUGGACAGAUUCAAAAAGCUGUUUGACCUGGAAGUGAUUUCUGAUUUUCCUAGCUUAAGUAUAACCCUGUUUAAAGCGAAGCGAAGACACAGGGUGAAAUGGUCCCUGAAUACUGCAUCCUGACUGUUAAUUAGUUGGCUGUUUAUACAAAUGUCUAAUUGUUAGCCAGCUCUGUUAGAGGGGACACAUUAAUUUUCAAUGUGCAAGAUUGGUGGCAUGCUUGAGGAUUUGAUCUUUUCCCUGCAGUCUGAAGUUGUACAGUCCAACUACAGAUUCAUGAUGUGAGAAUGGGACAUUGCAAGUCUAAGGUUUGUUGUUGUUGUUGUUGUUGUCGUUAAUUACA